AUGGCAACGGCCUUCUUUGCUGAGCUGAUGAAGCACCCAGUGCUUGAGGAAAGGAAGCUGCUUCGGCCUGUCCUCUCUGCCUUGGUGGACAAAACCCUGGACGCCAGCAGCGCUGUCCGCCAGAUGGCGGUGAGAGGCCUGGGAAACCUGGCCAGCGGAGCCCCAGAGGAGCUGAGGAAGCAUCAGGAGGCCAUUGUGGAGGUGCUACUGAGGGCCACCAAGGACGCCACCGCCCCGCAGAUCAUAGGGGAGAGCUUGUCAGCGCUGGCCAAAGUGGUGGCGGAGUUGAAAGAGAAGGGCCUUGGUGUCUCCUUCAGGGACAUUGCCCUGUGUACAAAGACUUUCUUUGAUGCUGAUGAGGCAGUCCUUCGUUUCUCCGCCUUCGCCUUGUAUGGAAUGCUGGCCUCCUCCGCCAAGAGGAAACGGCGCUCUUUUCUCAGCCAAGAGCUCCAAACUACUUGGGUCAGAAUUCUGCUCCACCUGCGCGACCCUGACCCUGGAGUUUACAAUGCCUGUCGCAGCACUUUCCUGCUGUGCACUCCGUUGCUGGGCCUGCGGAAGGUCCAGACGCAUGUUGCCCUGAACGCGGGGAAGAGUGCGGAAGAGCUCCAGGAAAGUGUCUGCAGUCACCUGGCCAGGAACGUCCCCGAGCUGCUGGAAAGCAUCUAUGACACCCUCAGGACCUACUUCUGGAGCUCGUGCUGGGGCAUGCGGACUGCGGCCGUCAAACUAACUGCUCUCCAGUUGCUGCAGGAAGACCAGCAUGCCAGCGUGCAGCAGGCAGCAGCUCAGGUCCUCAGAGACAACUGGCCAGAGCUGAGCCACGUUCAGACCACCUAG